AUCAUCUUGCAGUGAAAUCUAAUUUUAACUGAGGUCUGAACCAGAAAAUGUUCAUCAUAUUGUGUAUGGCACUUUUUCUCACAGCUGGGCAAUGCAUGGAUGACCAAAGCUUUGUAACAACAAAUGUUCCUCUUGGAGAAGAUGUGACUCUGACGUGUAGUCGCCGGUCUAACUUGUCAGGAUUACUUUUUUGGAUCCGAGUUGUUGCUGGAAAUCUGCCUGAAGUCUUAGGGGCGACCUACACUUUUGAUCAUGCCACUGUUAACAAAACUCCUCGUAUUACAACAAAGCAGGAAACAGGAACAUUUGUUCUCCAUAUAAUUCAAACACAGCUCAAUGACACUGCCUUCUAUUACUGUAAAGAAGUGAUUGAACUCAAAACAACACAGUGGAAUAUUACUUUCCUAAGAGUCAAAGGACCAGAACCUGACAUCCCCAUUGUCAUUCAAGAGUUGCCAUCAGCUCCGAUAUAUCCAGGAGACUCAGUAACUCUACAGUGUUCAGUCCUCUCUGACCUGCAGAAGAAUACAUGUCCAGAGGAUGUGUACUGGUUCAGAGCAGGAAUGAAUGAAACAUAUCCCAGUGUGAUUUACGUUCAUAGAAGCAGUGGUGAUGAAUGUGAGAGGCAGUCUGAUGUUUAUUCUCCUCGAAAAUGUGUCUACAACUUCUCAAAGAACAAGAUCAGCUCUUCUGAUUCUGGAAACUACUAUUGUGCUGUGGCAACAUGUGGACAUAUCAUUUUUGGGAAUGGAGCAAAACUGAAUAUUGAAGACAACAUUUGGUCAUUUGGUGAUUCUCAGGUGGUCAACACAGUUGUAUUUCUAUUGUGUGCUGCUUUGGCAAUAAGUUUGAUGGUUAUAGCCUUGUUGAGUUAUAUCAUCAAGAACAAGACAUAUAAUUGUUCGAAUGCUGCUGCUGUAGUGGAAACACAUUCUACCAUGACCACAGGCAACCACCAACAUCAGCAGGUAAUUGAAGAGCCCUUAAUUUAUUCUGUGCCUAAUUUUACAAAAAAGAAAGUCAGACGAAAUCCAAGGAGGGGUGAAAAAUCUGUCGAUGGACAGAGCAUCUACGCAGAUGUCAGAGUUUUAGGGUAUGAGUAGAUACAUUUACAGUGAAGGUCCUAAUCAAUACAUUUUAUUUAUUGAUGGCCUUUAAUGUGAGAGAAAUUUUGUAACAGAGCGUAUUUUCCCAAGAGACAUGAAACAGUCAAGUAUUCAUUUAGGCCUAAUAUUUAUAUUAACCUAUUAACUUGAUCGUAUAUUUGGGCCUUCUUUUGGGGAUUUAGUUUGUUUGUAGUUUAUUGGAGUUUAAAUGUCUUUUUAGUAUAAAAACCACUUUUUAAAAUGGACAACUUUUUGGUAUAACCAAGUAUAAAAUACAAUAAUCAAUACAUACAAUCCUAGAAAGUUUAUUCUGUUCAUCUGAACAGUAUUCUCAGUAAGGGAAAUGUUUUGUCACCUGUUCAGUCUCAGCUGACUCUAAGUUUCCCAACUUUAUCAACAGUUGCAUAAUGACUGAUACUAGUAUCAUUGCAAUCAGUGACCAUGAGAGUUUUGGAUUGGCUGCAAACACAGCAGUGUAAGGUGGUGAAAGAGGUCCCCUGCUUGACUCAUCGAUGGUCAUUCCUCUCUAAAAUAAAUGGGCUUUUUUGACUAACUAGGGUUUUUCUUACUGAGAUGCUAACUAGCAGGGAUUAUAAUUUCCAUCAGCUUUUUGGAACUUAACCUACACCACAUCGCUUUAUUUGUGCUAUAGAACCCAGUCAUUGGGGUAAACAAGUAUUUGGCAUUGUGUGUUUUGGGGUUUGAGAGUCACCGAGAUGUGGUAUUUUGAAAAAAUAAAAUGUAUUUCAGCUAUACAAUACUUCUGACACACAAGGAUAGAUGACAGAUGUAACUGAGGGAGAAUAAAUUAGUACAUGAAUAUUUUUUUAAUUGAUUUUUGCUUUCCAAAGCGGUUGCUGACCUCUGGAAUAGGCAAUGGUUAUUGUUAGGACAGGUUAUUAUGCAGCUGUAGUGAAUACUCCUAUAUGGUUUGGGAAACCUGCAGCCAAUUGAAACUAAGCUUUUUUUGCUGUUGUUAGCAGUACAUUUUAUUUUGGACAUGAAAAAAACUGUUUAUUUAGAUUUAUAGAACUGAUUAUUUAUGUUAUUAACAAUAGAACAAUUUUAUUUAUGCUUGAGCUCAGUUGGCAAGUGUUUUUUUCUUAAUUUGGUGAUUUUUUUUUAAAAGCAAUAAUAAUGAAAUAAUCUUUUGUUGCUGUUGUUUGCAUUUGUCAAAAUACGUUUUUAUUGUUAUUUGAAACCUGGCACAAAAAAAAUGUUAUGUAAUCAAUUACCUAAGGGCUACUGAAUUGUGU